GGGCACACUGAACGAUCAACAAAACAGCCAUUUUGCAUUUUAAUUCUCUUGGAUGUCUUUUUUUUCGGUCCCCAACGCAUUGGACAGAAUAAUAAACGCGGUGGAUAACAGAUAAUGCUUUUGACAUGUCGCGGGCACCUUUAAUGGAUGAGGAAGGUCUGGAGACGCUGGUCUACCACCGCUCCAAGCAGUGGUCCAGUCUGAUGACGAAAUGGGCGAAUGGAGACGACGGGCAGGAGUUGUGUGUCGCAGACCUAGAAGAAAUAUUCAAGGAUGAGCACGAGGAUCCCGAAAUGGACGGGGAGGAGGAGGACGGGGAGGCCAUUGAGGAUCCUGUCCCGGAGACGAAAGUGGACCUGGGCAACAUUAGUGCCAGCAUGGGCGUGGCAGAGCUGACACUGAUCCUGUGCGCGGGCGAGGACAACGAGGUCAAGGCCGAGAUGCAGGAGAUCCUCAACCAGACAAUGCCCGUUGUCCAGGAGCACAAGCGAAAGUGGAAAGAGGCUGGGCUGGACCGCAUCCUGGACACCUUCGACGAGAAGCAGAUCGAGCAGCAUGUGGGCCAGUGGAUGCGCCGCAACAACAGCGCCUUUUUGGAGGACGCUCCUCCCGCCAAGUGUCUUUAUGUGUCCGUUUCGGAACCCAGCGACAACGAAUCGCUGCACUCAAUCGACACGGCCCGCUACAUCCGGCAGAGCCGGCGGCGCGUGCCAAACAAGAUCUCCAACACGGCCACCAUAAAGAUGUAUCGCACGCACUCGCACAAGCGGGACGAGCUGCGGGCCAAGUACGCCUACGACGAUGAGCAAGAGCAUCACCACCAUAUGCAGACCUUGCUGCACCGGCGGCGGGAGAAGGAGCGACAGGUGACCUAUGUGAGCGCCUCACCUCAGCACUGCAUACUCUCGAGCGGCCAUCAUCAGCGGCGCAAGCAUCGGCGCAAGCGACACGCGAGCUCGCCAGUUUUUGACUAUUCGUCCAGCGAUGAUGAUGAUCGAUCCUACGGUCGGUGCGCCUGCCGCUCCUGCCUGACCCAUCACUCGUUGUCCAGGAGCGCCUCUUACCAAUGCUGCUCGUAUAGGGGAGCACGCGAUUGCCACCACCACCACCACCACCGCUCGAUGGCCUCGCGGACCAUGCAUCACCUGCGUCGCCAGCACAGCUACGACCUGGACUUGAGGCCGCGAUUGCGGGAGAGCGAGUGCAAUUGCUGCACCAGCGACCGGCUCUGCUCCAACGUGGUGCACAUUGCAAACAGCUCCACCGAGGAGUGGGUUGUGGAGAACUGCAGCAGCAGCAGUCCACUGGUCGUGGAGACACCGAAAAAGUUUCGGCAGAAGCAUCAGUUGGUGGCCAUUAGAAAACCCAACUCGAAAUUAACUCUUUCCAAGCGCCACAAGCAGAGAAUCCCGAAAAGUGUGACGACUCCCUCAACCUCCAAUUUGAUAAAGUCACAAGUUAGCCUGCUGGGCGAAUCGUCCGAGGAUGAUCAUGAGGGAUCGCCCAGGAAGCUUAUGAAAAAGCCAAUAGCUUCUGCUCCAGAUACUGCAAGGAAGACUCAAAAGGGGGGAGGAGCUGCCUUAACUUUUAUGCAAAAGCAGGUGCCACCUAAACAGAACCAAGGAGAUUCCAAGAAACUCCCGGCUGACAUAGUCCCAUCGUCCGAAGAAAGCGAAGAGGAAGUUAGGGAAAGAAUCCGCUUGGUGGCAAAAAACUCAACAAAAGAAUCUGCCUCAAAGAGAACGCCUUCUUCGAACAAACCUAUUUUUUGGACCGCCAACCGACUAUCCAAAAUCCCAGAGGAGGUUGUCAAAGCUAAGGAACCGGAGAAUCAAGUCUCGGCUUUUUCUACUGAAAUCUGUAAGAAGAAUGAAGCCUGCUCAGCUCAGAAGACUGAGAAGACCAGCUCCAAGCAGUUACUGGAAGAGCAAAAGACGCAAAAGAAAUCAAAAAUGUCGGCCAUCGACUCAUCCGACACAAACGAUGCUAAAACUUCUGGCAAAUCUCGAGCAAGGCCCAGAAAGUCUUCGGAUUCAGGCAAAAAGAGUGCUACGCUGAACAAAGGAUUUAUUAAGAAUAAAAUUGGUCCCGCUAGCAAAGACAUUGCUCAACUGUCCGACGAAAGCGAAGACGAAGUUAUUGGCAGAAGUCGCAAGCAAGCCGAACCUCGGGGAAGACAUAAAAAAUCUGCAACAGCUCCAACAAAAAAAGAGAAGACAAAGAAAACCAGCUCCAGUGGAGAUGCAAAGGAAAAGGUUGCUAUUCAAUCACCCGACUCCCAGGAAUCCCUCUCCGGGAAGGUCAAGGCUCCAAAAGCAAAAAUCAAUAAUAAAAAACAAAAAAAAGGGAUAUCAAGCGAAUCCUCAAGUCUCGAUAAAGCCACCGACUCGGAGGACUUAGACUUUCAGCGGGCCCUGGCCUUGUCCACAGAAACCUACAAGGAGGAGCAAUUGAAGCAAAGCCAACGCCCACUGGAAACUCAACCCCAGUUGCAGUCGCAAUCUCAGCUUGUGUUCAACAACAACAGCGUGGCCUGCAAUUCCACAGCAGUGGCCAAUGACACGGCCUGCACACGAGUGCUUUCCCCGAAGAAGCGUGGCUUUAAAAGGACAGCAGCUGUAAGCAGCACGGAGGCACAGCAGGUGCAGGUCAUUACCAUGGAUUCGUCGGAGGAAUGUGUGGUGGCAAAGGGCGGCGAUGCUGACUGUACCGUCGUGACUUCGACCACCAUCUGUGAACCGGCCGCUGCUGUGGCCGCUCGGAAGCCAUCGCCACUUAAGAUCAGCAAGCGGGGCAUCCUGCUGCACAACUCAUCGUCGUCGUCGGCUGGAGCAGGCGCUAACUUUACCCUGACCGAGCAGAGUCUGGGCGAGGUGAUUGGCGACCGUUUGGCCCGCAGGUAUCUCAAGUAUCACGUGGGCAGUCGCACCUUCGACAGCAGCCAUUCGGUUUACUACCGACCCACGCCCAAGUUGGCCGAGGCAUUGCGGGCGUCCUCGAUGGAUACCCAGGUGCUGGCCAAUUUAUCGAGUUCCGAUUCCAGCGACGAUGAUGUGUUCGAUCAGAUUCGCAAAUACGGGGACGUGUACAGUGUGGCCGAAAGCGGCGUUAAGCAUAAGGAUUAAGCACAAGGAUCUUAGAAAUGGCCUUGAAAAGGCUCUCUUUAGGCUUUUGAAUUGUAUUUCUUUGUGUUUUUAUUUUUAUUUCACGUAAAUUACAUGUCGAUAGUGAUAAUAGAAAACAUAAUAUGUCAUCAUUAAUGUUCGCUUAAGUAUUAAAUAAUUGUUUAAGAGAUUUAUUCGCAUUGCAAUAGUAAUAUUUGUG